AUGGACAACGAGUUCUACAAUGCCUUUGCUAGUCCUAUCACAAUUACUCAGAAUGCUUUGCUUGAAAAUGAAACCAGAACAACUCAAAAACCGCCUAAGCUUAUGGACAUUGAUGAUUAUAACGAUUGGUCCGAACGCUUUGACCAAGAAUUCUUGGCCAAAGAGAUGCUAAAUGCUAAAGCCUUUGUUGCUAAUGCUUAUGAUGAGUAUUGGGCAGAAAAAUAUAGAAAAAUUAGGCAAGCUGGAGAAGAGAAAUGGAAAAGAUAUGAAAAGGAAGAAGAGGAAGAAAGGAGAAAAGCUGAAGCUGAGAAGAUGAAAAGAGAAGAAGCAGUUCAAGUGAGAGUAGUCAAAGAAGUUCCAGAAUUUGAAAUCAAAGCUGAUAUUGAAGUAGUCAAAGUUCCAGAGAAGUGUUUGAAUUGUGAUUCUUUGAUCAAGCAAAACAACGAGUUGCUACACAACAUUAAAAGGUUGAAAGAAUCAUAUGAUACAUUGAACAGAGAAAUGAACAAAUACACCGAAUCGAACAGUGAACAAGCUGUUGCAAUGAAUACACUCAAAGGAGCUUACAUGAGACAGCUUGAUGACGUCAACUACUACACAGAGAAGUGUGCUGAACUGGAAUUGAAGUUGAUUUAUCCAAUUGUGGAAAGAUUGAAGACAUUUGAAGAAGAGAAGACUUCAGAAAAAAAGAAGUCCGAGACAAAAGAAGAGGAUGAAGUAGAAAUUUCUGAAGCUGAAAAAGAGCAAGCAUUUAGGAAGCAGACAAAUCAAGAAUUCCUUGCCAAGAAGCAAGAAGAAGUGAGGUAG